UCCAACAGUCUGGCAGCACCAGCAAACAGCUGCAUGUUACUUCAUCGGCGAUUUCGGUGCGAAAGUUGAAAAACACAAUUAAUUCAGUUGAUUUGCAAUGACAUCCCAGUACCUGAGCCAGCUGCACACGGCCGACAAACUGGCCGCCGAGCCAUGGCCCGAAGAUGCCACCCUCUACCAGCCCUAUGAAGCGGAACAGAUCCUGCUGCCGGAAAACGCCAGUUGCCUGGCUGUGAAGGCUUACCUGAAGAUGUGCAACCUGCCCUUCGGAAUCCGUUCCUGCGCCAAUGCGGAGCACAUGUCGCCGGGCGGCAGGAUGACCAAGUUGCCUUUCAUCCGAGCAGGAGCAUUUAUUUUUGCUGAGUUCGAGCCGAUUGUGAACUUUGUGGAGCAGAAAGACCUGGCCAUUGGCAACUGGCAGGACGAGGACGAGAAGGCGGACAUGCGCACCUAUGUGUCCCUGGUGGAAAACAUCUUUACCAUGGCUGAGCUGUACAUUAGCUUCAAGAACGAGCGUGUCUACAAGGAGGUCACUGCUCCCAGGAACGGAGUCGUUUUUCCAUGGCCCCUCAAUCACAUGCAGAACUAUGGAAAGCGGAGGAACGCCCUGCGUUUGCUGAAGGUCUAUCAGUGGGACGACCUGGACAUCGACAGCGUCAUCGAGAAGGUGGCCAAGUGCUGUGAGACCCUCGAGUACAAGCUGAAGGAGUCGCCGGAAACGCCCUUCUUCUACGGCGAUCAGCCCUGCGAACUGGACGCCAUCGCCUUUGGACACCUCUUCAGCAUUCUGACCACCACGUUGCCGAAUAUGGCGCUGGCUCAAACGGUGCAGAAGUUCAAGCACUUGGUCGAGUUCUGUCGCUUCGUCGACGAGAAGUACUUUCAGACCAGGUGCCUGCCAAAUUAGUUAUAUGUAGUCGUCGCAUUAAAUGCUUAUAAAUUUAGUUACUCUUCCCUUUUUUUGUGCUGCGCUGCACAACCGCUUAAUUAUGCAAUUAUAAAUGUCCUUAAUACCAA